AUGAGUUCCACCAGCACCAGAGCCCUCCAUUCAUCGCCGAGCAGGGCGUCCGCCCCAGCCAUCGCACCGGCCUUGGGUGCCGAGACGCAAGCACUGCUGCCCGAGGCUGCCAGCAACGCCACGGCUAGAACCAACCCACUGUCUGUGCUGCCGCUAAAGGUGGUGCUGCGCUCGCUGGCUACGACGACUAUCUCGUCGUCACCGCUGCUGCUGCGCCCGUCCAUGGCCAUCAUGUCGGCGCUGGCACAUAGCGCCAGCCCGCUGCUCGACCCGGAUAGGAACCCGGUGCUGCGGUUCCUGCUCAAGCACACGUUUUACGCCCAGUUCUGCGCGGGCGAGGACGCGGGCGAGGUGCGGCGGACGAUUGCGAGCCUCAAGCGCGACAUUGGCUUCACGGGCGUCAUCCUCGGCUACGCGCGUGAAGUGGUCAUGAGUGAGGCCCAGACCCGGGAGCUGACGUCCGACGCCGGCAUCCAGAACUGCGCCACGGUUGACGAGUGCGUCCGCAAUGAGAUCGUGCCGUGGGCGGCGGGAAACAUGGAGACGGUGCGGCUGGCGAGCCCUGGGGACUUUGUGGCGCUCAAGUUCACCGGAGCAGGCCGCAUGGCGCUCUAUGCGCUCUCGGGGCAGCAGGCGCCACCAAAGGCGCUGGCGGACGCAACGGACCGCAUCUGCGAGCUGGCGGCGGCGCGCGGGGUGCGGCUUCUCUUUGACGCAGAGCAGCAGGCGGUGCAGGCGGGCAUCGACGACUGGACACUGCGGUACAUGUCGCGGUACAACACAGACGGCCGGGCCGUCGUCUACGGGACUUACCAGGCCUACCUCAAGGCGACGCCGCGCGUGCUGUCGGCGCACCUGGGCGCGGCGUCGCGCGGCGGCUUCGCGCUCGGCGUCAAGCUCGUGCGCGGCGCUUACCUGGGAUCGGACCCGCGCCACCUGAUGCACGACUCCAAGGCGGACACGGACGCGGCCUAUGACGGCAUCGCCGAGGCGGUGCUGACGCGGCAGUGGAGCGGGCCAUUGGCGGGGGCGGGAUCCGGUGGUGUCGGGUUCCCCGUUGUGGACAUGGUGCUGGCGUCGCACAACGCCGAGUCGGUCCGCAAGGGCCGCGCCAUCGUCGAGGGUGGGCGCGCGCGCGCGACCGAUGUGGCGUUUGCGCAGCUGCAGGGCAUGGCGGACGAGGUCAGCUGCGAGCUGGUGGCGAGCCGGGCGGCGGCGGCGGCGGGUGCGGCGGAUGGGCCUGGGAACGACAUGGGCGCGCCGGCGGUGCGUUCGUACAAGUACCUGGUCUGGGGCACGACGGGCGAGUGCAUGAAGUACCUCCUCCGGCGGGCGCAGGAGAACCGCGACGCGGUGCAGCGGACGCGCAGCGGGCGGGACGCCAUGGUGGGCGAGGUGGUGCGGCGGAUCCGGGGCAUGUUUGGGCAGUGCCGGUAG